CGGCUAUGAGAGACCUCCCGGCGCGCGGGCCCUGCUGCCGCCCGGGCCUCGCUGCAGCAUCCCACCAAAGCAGAAGAAAAACUACUCAAGCACCUAAGAUGUGAGAAAUCCCUCCUUUUUCAAAAGGAACCAUUUAUUUUCCAAAAUGGAUCGAAGUAAACGGAAUUCAAUAGCAGGAUUUCCACCACGCUUGGAGCGCAUUGAAGACUUUGAUGGGGGUGGCGGAGGUGACGGGACUGUGUCCCAGGUGGGGAGAGUUUGGACCUCUUCGUACAGAGCCCUGAUAAGUGCCUUUUCCAGACUUACACGUCUUGAUGACUUCACCUGUGAGAAAAUAGGCUCUGGUUUCUUCUCUGAGGUGUUCAAGGUGAGACACAAAACUUCAGACCAGGUGAUGGCUUUGAAGAUGAACAUGCUGAGCAGUAACAGAGCAAAUAUGCUGAAAGAGAUCCAGCUCAUGAACAGGCUGUCACAUCCAAACAUCUUAAGGUUUAUGGGUGUCUGCGUACAUCAAGGACAACUGCAUGCACUGACUGAGUACAUCAACUGUGGUAAUCUGGAACAGCUGUUAGACGGUAACCAGCAUCUGCCCUGGAUGGUGAGGGUGAAAUUGGCAUAUGACAUUGCUCUGGGACUCACUUAUCUUCACUAUAAAGGCAUUUUCCACCGGGAUCUUACAUCAAAGUGUGAAGAGCCACAGAACAGCACAAAUCCUACGGAGGGAGGGUCAGAGUGGGGAGCUCAGCUCUGCAUAGCUGAGGAGAACUGUUUAAUAAGGCAUGAUGAGAACGGUUACUCGGCAGUGGUGGGAGACUUUGGUUUAGCUGAGAAAAUCCCGGAUUGCAGUGAGAAGCUUCCAGUGGUAGGCUCACCCUUCUGGAUGGCACCUGAAGUUCUCAGAGAUGAGCCUUAUAAUGAAAAGGCGGAUGUGUUCUCCUACGGUAUAAUUCUCUGUGAGAUUAUAGCCAGGAUACAGGCAGAUCCUGACUAUCUCCCUCGCACAGAGAAUUUUGGAUUAGAUUAUGAUGCCUUUCAGCACAUGGUGGGAGAUUGUCCCCCUGACUUCCUCCAGAUGACCUUCAACUGCUGUAAUAUGGACCCAAAAUUACGUCCUUCAUUUGCCGACAUCGUCAAAACACUGGAGGAGAUUUUAAACCGCCUGAGAAAUGAGGAGUCUGAAAGAGAGAGGAAGUUGCUGAAUCUGGAUGGCCCAGAGAGAAAACCUAUCUCGAUUUCCAAAGGGCUGAUUGAAAAAGGACAAGGAAUAAAGCGAUUGAGUUCACUGGAUGACAAGAUCCCACCCAAGUCACCCCGCCCACGCCGCAAUAUCUUGCUGUCACGCAGUCAGUCGGAUAUCUUCUCCCGCAAGCCUUCCCGGAAGAUCAAUGUACAGGACCCCUACUACACACCAAGCAAGGGGGCAGCACGGAAAGUCAACCCCUUCAAUGCCAGGGAAGAUCUGAAGGGGGGGAAGAUCAAAUUUUUUGACAUGCCAAGCAAGUCUGUGAUCUCCCUUGUGUUUGACUUGCACUCCCCAGAGGCAGAGGACUGCCUGAAGGCUAGCCAGCUCCUGUCCAGGCAGGCUUAUAGCACGGACUGGCAGGAAUUUUCCUUCUCCCCUGGGAGGCGGUGCAGAUCUCUCCCAGUCUCUCCCGAACUUCUGCAUAAAGAUUAUGUCCCUUUUGGGGGUCUGUCUUCAACGGUCAGUAGGUGCGACUCGACCCAGCUAGGGGCUGAGAUGCGGCAAAAACUCCUGAGCAGCAGUAAGUAUGGAGUAUCAGAAAUCCCUCCCUUUCAGGUCAGAUCUCACAGGCAGGACUCUCCUUCGGUGCCAGAGCAAGAGGAGGACAUGGACUACUCUGAUGGGCCAGAGUCCCAGGAGGAAAAUGGAUUCUGUCCUGUUAAGAACACAAGAGAGGAGCCAGGCUAUAACCAGCUGCUAGUGCAGGCUCAGCCCGAGUCCCUAAGAUACAAGGGGCGCUCAGCCCAGAAUUCAGUCAACUCUGAGGAAGGCAGCUCCUUGAGAGUGUUUGCGAGCUGUGCCUCCUCUGAAGACAUGGAGGUGGAAGAUGAGAUCCGGAAGAACUCGCUGCCAGAGUUCAGUGUUAACCCCUCUGUGGAGCUUGGCAGAGAGACAUUGUCAUUUGAAGUCCUGGAUAUGGACAGCUCUGCCCCACUUUCCCUAGCACCUCCUAAUACGUCAGCAGCUGGCAGCACACAGUCAAAAUGUGACAUUUAAGGAGAGGGCUUAAAACCCAGAUACAUUCUUGUGGGAACACACGGUCCCCAUUCACUUAGUUUUUAACUUUUUCCGGUAGUGCUAAGUCUUGGAUAUUUCAGUGGCUCAUAGAAACCGGCCAUCAAACAGGAGGCUGCAAAGCGCAUCUGAAGAGACAGUAUUUUUUUUAUUUUAUUUUUAAAUGUGUACAUCAUCCCUUAGCUCACUACAAGAGGCAACUACUGCAUCCAGCAUCGGGCAGGAUGCCCACCUGGGGUCCCAUAAGGUCCCAUAAUCAUUGCAGGGCUGUAUGCAGCAGGAGCUUGGUAGUGUGUAAGUGAUUUGAACCCCAGCCCUGCAUCUUUCACUUUAGCACUCUGUCUACCUGGUGCGUGUGAAUUCAGCUGGGAGCCUUGUCUGAUAUUGGAAGAAAGGCUCUCUUGGACAGUGCCAGGCAGAUACAGAUGCCUUCAGAUCUCUAACAGGCUCUGCAGGCUCACACCACACUCUGGAACAAACUGAUUUCAAAAGCAAGGAAAACACAAAUCUUCUGCCUGUAGCAGUCUGAACACUUAGCAGCACGCCAAGUACCUGCUGAGUAACAGGAGGAAACCAUUCUCUUGUAUGCUUCCUGUUCCCUGGGAUUCAGUUUCUGAUACAGUGAUCUGUUAGUCCCAGUGAAACAAGCUGGCUUGACAGCCUUGGAGACUGCAGACCCGUGUGCAUCCCUACAGAUAUAGCACAGGACACAACACUUUAGGUUUUCCCCCAUACACGCAGCCGUCUGUGUAUCUAACCUGCCACCGAGGGAGAUUACUGUUGGGUUGAAAGAGGGGUAGCUCAGGCACAUUCAUUCACUGGCCUCUUGUGAAACCAUAAAUAAAAACAUUUGUCCAUGAGGAACUGAAUUGACACCAUGAACUCUUUCCACAUACACCCACCAAACAGCAUUCUGGGAACAACUCACUACUGACCUUGGCCAGGCUUGACUCAGUGACCCAGAGACCAAAGGGUCCUGUUAUCCUUGUCCAGUUCUGUGAGACAUCCCAUUCCUCCUCAUGUGGUGCCGUUGCCACUGCAAUAACAAU